AGCGACCGGCUGUCUGGAGGACAUGGCUGCCUCCCGCUUACCCUCAGCGACGCUAACGCUAAAGCAGUUCUUGAGAAGGCAACAAGUUCUUCUCCUCUACAGAAGGAUUUUGCAAGCAAUUCGGCAAGUUCCAAAUGAUUCUGAUCGCAAAUACCUGAAGGACUGGGCAAGGGAGGAAUUCAAAAGAAACAAAAGUGCCACUGAAGAGGAUGCAAUCCGGAUGAUGAUUACACAAGGCAAUAUGCAGCUCAAGGAGUUAGAAAAAACACUUGCUUUAGCAAAAUCUUAAUAACAGCAUUAUUCUGAAAUA